AUGCAUCAUCGCAUCUCAUGGCUUAACAUUUCCCAAACGGGUGGUCGUAACGGCGACUCGAUGCACAUAGGGCAGUAUGAAGUUACCAAUUCCAUAUUCGAAAGCUUUUCGAACAAUGGGCUAGACAACUUCUACCCCCAGGGGCUA